CGGACUUUGUCCUGAGCUUCAUCUUCAUCGUCAUCGUCAGUCACUUUGCAUGUCGCGGUCAUGUCAGAGCACAGAGCGGCCAUGUCGUCAACGCCGCCGCAUUUCCUCAACUUUAAUGACCUUGCCUGUGAGAGCGUCGGUGCCAAGGUUUUGUUUGCCACUGAUGAAUGGUUCGCUCCAGCUGCCAACCUGCUCAAGCGAGAGCCUCCUCAGUUCAUCGCGUCCGCCUUCACCGAGUACGGGAAGUGGAUGGACGGCUGGGAGACGAGGAGGAAACGAACACCAGGUCACGACUGGUGUGUGAUCCAGUUGGGGGUUCCGGGCCUAGUGUACGGUGUGGACGUGGACACGUCUUUCUUCACAGGGAACCACCCACCCCACAUGUCCAUCCAGGGGGCGUGUCUUGACGAAGAACCCAGCUUCUGCCUGGAGGGAGACAGAACCGGCAUGGCCGCCUCCGACAGCCAGCUGACUGCCGUCGCCAAACUGGGAUCAGAGGCAUGGCCAGAGUUGGUGGGCCUGUCCGAGCUGAAGCCAGGUUAUCCAGACAGUUGCCAUAACUACUUUCUGGUCCACUUCCCACACAGAGUCACACACCUGCGCCUCAACCUGUAUCCUGGUAUACACACACACACACACACACGCACACACACACGCACACACACAGUCAGAUGUCAUGCUAGGUCAAUGUCAUCAGAUGGAGGCGUGGCCAGAUUGCAUGUGUUUGGAGUUGGCCAAAAAGAUUUGUCCGCAGUUUCGUCCAAUCAGGACAUCGACUUGCUCUCUCUGGUCAAUGGAGGAGUCUGUCUUGGCUUUAGUGACGCCCACUUUGGCCAUCCACGCAAUAUGAUUGGGAUGGGUCGGGCCGCCAACAUGGCUGACGGCUGGGAGACGGCGCGCAGACUGGAUCGCCCCAAAAAGUUGCAGGCGGACCAGCACGGCAUCCUGCAGCUUCCUGGUUACGAGUGGGCGGUGUUUCGUUUGGGUCACAUGGGGGUCAUCCGUGCUGUGGAGGUGGACACCGCCCACUUUAAAGGUAACUUCCCUGACUCCUGCAGGGUGGAGGUGUGCACUCUGACCCCUGAGGAGGAAGCUAAGUGCCUCGGGACAAGUUGGAAUUCUGGGAAAUGGCGCAUCCUGCUCCCACCACAGAAGCUCCGUCCUGACGACAAUCACGUGUUCAACAUGGAGGACACACACUCGCCUGCCACUCACGCCCGCCUCAUCAUCGCUCCAGAUGGAGGAGUCAGCCGCUUGCGACUUUGGGGCCAACCUGUCUUUGAGACAACAGCUCGCUCUAAACUCUGAUGGGAGGGGUAAUACCUGCAACAAUCACUUCCUGUUGACCUUUCAAAUUAAAAGUCUACACCGUCCUGACA